GAAGUGAAGAGAGAGAGUCGGGAGAACUUAAGAGAAAAAAAUAAAGUUGAGUUGAAUGAAGUGUGACCUUCGCUAUAAUAUUUUAUUAUGUUAUACUAUUUAUUAGUGAAGUUCUUUUAUAUAGAUGUAGACAAUUGUCAAAUUACUUUAAAUUCUUAGUGUAAUUGUAUGUGAGUGUGCUAUUUUAUUUUCGCUUUUAUUCAUUUCGCUGCGUUGAUUUACCCAACAUUUCUUUCCAAGGUGGCCGGGGGGCAAUAUUGCAAUGGGUAACAUUUCAUUAGCAAUUGUCUGUGUCCUGGAUUAUACCAUUAUCCAUCUCUCCUGUCCCCAAAUUGGUUCAUCACCACAGGACUACGUCAACGCUCACAACGCAGCUCGAUCAGAGGUGGGAAUCGGACCUAUUACUUGGAAUGCUACCGUAGCGGCAUACGCACAGAACUUUGCUAAUCAACGUAAGGGUGAUUGCAGACUAGUGCACUCGGGUGGCCCUUACGGUGAGAAUAUUGCAUGGAGCAGUGGUGACCUCUCGGGAACGGCUGCCGUUAACCUUUGGGUAGCAGAGAAGGCCGACUACAACUACAACACUAACUCAUGUGCUGCCGGCCGCCAGUGCGGCCACUAUACUCAGGUGGUUUGGAGCGAUUCUUUGCGCUUGGGCUGUGGUAAAGUCAGAUGCAACGACGGUGGUACCUUCAUCACUUGCAAUUAUGAUCCACCCGGCAACUAUGUCGGGCAGCGGCCGUACUAAUUAAUAGCUGUUGCUUAUGGAAAAAAAUGAUCAUUUUUCCUAUUAUAUUUAGUAGCAAUUGAAUUUUUCCUUUUCAUUCCGUUGACAAUGAAUAUGAUAGUACCAUGAUUGAUCUGAUCUCCCUCCUCCCAACUAGCGUUGUUAUUUUACAAUAUUAAUGAAAUUAGUCGUUGUAUUUGAA